GCCAUCCAGGGGGUCGUAGGCUUCCGCACAGUGGUCACAGUCUUGGUAACGAGUGGCUCCCUGGUCGCUACGAGGAAAUCCCUGGUAUCAGCCAUCACGUAUUACUACCCAAAGAAAAACAAAGGGAAGCAGCCGUGCUGUGUCCAGCACGUUUCCGUUUGGAACCCCAACUUCCGGUUCGUCGGCCGGUUCCCAACACUGCCUUUCACUUCCGGUGACUUUCGUUCUACUGCGGCCGAUUCCUGCGUCUGCUACCGCUGGUUCCGCAGUACUCCAGGUAUUUUUUUCUGAACAAGAUCUGCCUCAACAUAUGUUUCAAGGAUGGCUCUCCCUAUCAUCGUAAAAUGGGGUGGACAGGAAUAUUCAGUGACCACACUUUCAGAAGAUGAUACUGUGCUGGAUCUCAAACAGUUUCUCAGGACUCUUACAGGAGUGCUACCAGAACGACAGAAAUUACUUGGACUUAAAGUUAAAGGCAAACCUGCAGAAAAUGAUGUUAAGCUUGGAGCUCUCAAACUGAAACCAAAUACUAAAAUCAUGAUGAUGGGAACUCGUGAGGAGAGCUUGGAAGACGUCUUAGGUCCGCCUCCAGACAACGAUGAUGUUGUCAAUGACUUUGAUAUUGAAGAUGAAGUGGUUGAAGUAGAAAAUAGGGAAGAAAACCUCCUGAAAAUUUCUCGCAGAGUAAAAGAGUACAAAGUGGAAAUUUUGAAUCCACCCAGGGAAGGGAAAAAGCUUUUGGUACUAGAUGUUGAUUAUACAUUAUUUGACCAUAGGUCUUGUGCAGAGACCGGGGUAGAAUUAAUGCGGCCAUAUCUUCAUGAAUUCCUAACAUCUGCAUAUGAGGAUUAUGACAUUGUUAUUUGGUCUGCCACAAAUAUGAAGUGGAUUGAAGCUAAAAUGAAAGAGCUGGGAGUGAGUACAAAUGCAAAUUAUAAGAUUACCUUCAUGUUGGACAGUGCUGCUAUGAUAACAGUGCACACACCACGGAGAGGAUUAAUAGAUGUAAAGCCGCUUGGUGUUAUAUGGGGAAAGUUUUCAGAGUUUUACAGCAAAAAGAACACCAUUAUGUUUGAUGACAUAGGAAGAAAUUUUCUAAUGAACCCACAAAAUGGACUAAAGAUAAGGCCUUUUAUGAAAGCGCACCUAAAUCGAGAUAAAGACAAAGAACUUCUAAAAUUAACUCAGUACCUCAAGGAAAUAGCAAAAUUAGAUGACUUUUUGGACCUAAACCAUAAAUAUUGGGAAAGGUAUCUCUCAAAGAAGCAAGGACAGUAGUUCCAAGUUAUGCUGGCAGUUAUUGAUACUUGAGAUCCAUGAACUCUUGCUUUUAUGCUAGAAAUCAUUAUAAUAGUGCUGGACACUGAAGCAAAUACCAGACUGCUUAUACUUGGUCUUCCGGUUUUUGUAAAUUUAAUUUUAUAUUUUUUGAAGAUCAUAGCAAUAUGCUAAAAAUAAUCUUUUUUCCCUAUAUGAAUAAACUGUUACUCUUGAAAAAUAUUUUCUCCAGCAUUGAGUACAGAGCUUUUUCCUGACCCUGCCCCCCCACAUAAAAUAGACAAAAAUGUACACUCCGCAGUGUAAUUUUGUGACUUUGGAAACAAGUUAUGUUUUGUGCUCCUGCUUUAUUUUGUUGGUGUCUGACUAAAUCUAAGACCAAACCCAUCUUGAAACUACAACUUUGACUUUAAAAAAAAUUUAUUCUCAGUAAGGAACCUAGUUUAGUAUGCUUAAUAUUACAAGAGGUUUUUUUUUUUUAAAUUCCUUUGUCAUAGGCACAAUGUUCCUUCUUAUUCCACUAUCUACAUCUCUAAAUUCUGAGCUGAGUUGGUUGUAUGUGUGUCAAUGUUCUUUGAGAAAAAACUGGAAAAUGUCGGUUGUAAUACUGAUGUCAUUGUAUGAAAGGAAAUGUAAGAUUGAAGUAUAGAACUAAGCAACAAGAAUGUUUGUUUUUGGUGGCUAAGUAGAAACAUUUUUCCUAAAACCAUUGUCAUACAAGCAGUUAAGGACAAUACAUUUUAAAAUGGGACAUAUCACUGAUUCAGCACUAAAAAGCAUGAACAAAAAGUUAUUGUUUUGUUCUAGCUAUAUCUUGUCUAAGUGCAAACACUGUUUCAGUAAAAAAUAUCUAGCCAUAAACUUAAAAAAAUUACUUGCAUUGCUUAAGCCUGCAGAUAUGUAAUGUGACCACUGUUUUGUGUUGACAGUAUUGCUUUGUACAGUUCUUGUAUUUGAAAGGAAUCUGAUCCUUUCAAAUGAACGUGGUGUAUAUUCUUACAGGACUGUUUCAGUGGUGUAAAUAAUAAAUACCUUUUCUUAAAAUA